AUGGCAUCCCAAAAUGCAGCAACUAAUGGCGAUGGUGUAACCGCAUACAGAACUGAGUCCGCAUCCCUGAUGAAUGAUAACAAACGAAGGAAUGACAAGCAAACUGAGGACCAGCGCCCUCCCUUCACUGUCGGUUCCUAUGCACUUGGUAUUGUGAUGAUUCUUUGUGUCGCAGUUAUAUGGACAUAUGCUUCAGUGUUGAUCCAGUACAUAUAUGAGGCGGAAGAAUAUGAGAAGCCAUACUUUAUGACCUACUUUAACACUAAUACGUUUGCUGUCAAUAAUAUCGGGUUCCUUUUACUGAGCUCGUGGCGCCGGCUACCGUGGAAAAAUGGUGAGCGGACCUCGUCAUUGGUUAUAUAUGAUGAUGCUCUCAAAAGAACAUUCGUCUCGGGUGCCUCGGCACCCGACAACGAGCCCGCGGAUGGGGCGGAUGUUUCGCGGGGUGGACCACAGAGUGAGGCGGAACGAAUAAGGCCAUACAGCAAGUUCAGGGUUUUCAAGUGCGCAGCCUUCUUUUGCCCAAUUUGGUUCUUGGCGAAUUCCCUGUUCAACGCCUCCCUUGCAGCCACUUCCGUUUCCUCUGUUACUGUUUUGAGCAAUACGUCUGCCAUCUGGACCUUUUUACUAUCACUCAUAUUCUUUAAUCAGAAGGCCACCUGGCCCUGUCUGCUUGCCAUGACGAUGACCAUUAUCGGUGCGUGUCUGGUUGGGUUCUCUGACGCGGAGAACACUGAAAACGAAACCGUUGGGGGGGAUAUUUAUGCUCUACUAGCUGCUAUCUUCUACGCCGUUUACACAAGCAUCAUCAGGUGGCACGCUUCAGACGAUGACCGGUAUAGCAUUUUAAUGCUCUUUGGCUUUGUGGGCGCCCUGAACACCAUUCUUUUUUGGCCACUUCUGCUUAUUUUUCACUUUACCGACUUCGAGACCUUCCAGACCCCCGGUGGGAUUCAAUUUGCACUGCUCCUAGUGAACGCACUAGUGGGAACAAACCUCAGUGAGGUGUUGUGGGCGCGUGCGGUGCUGCUCACCUCGCCCACAGCUGCAACGUUGGGUCUCACUUUGACAACACCUUUGGCUAUGACCUCAGACCUCCUCAUAAAGCAGAAGUCCUUCAAUGCGAUGUACAUAAUAGGAGCUGUUUUGCUGACACUAGGAUUCAUUUGCUUUAAUUUGGAGCAACAGCUCAUGAAGUUGCUAAAGGGUUCGCGCUCCAGUUAG